GAAAGGCUGGCUCGCGGAAAGUAUCUGCAGUGUCCUGACAGUAUAUCUGUCCAAACGUUAACAAACUGUCCCGGAAAGUUAGGUGUAACUACCAGGUAAUGCAUAUGCAUGUUUUUUUUCCACACGUUUCCAAACAUCCUGCUCUUUCACCGCUGGCUUGGGUUUUAUGCUUUUCGAUUCAUUUCGACAAGGAACACACACGCAGACAGGCGCCAGUCCGUGUGGACAGGGGAGGAGGAAGAUAUUGUCCAUUGUACGCUGGUAGAGACAGCGCUGGUAACGGCAUGAAUAUCACCAAAUUUGUCCAAUCUUCCGGACGCUUUUCUUUGGAAUUGGUGGCGAUACUUGGACACUCGUCAGCACACUGCGUUUGGACUUUACCAUCUGGCGUCUGUUAAUGUCCAGAUGUGGCGGGUGACCACCCGAGAUGGGAGAUGGACAUAACAAGACCUAUAAUAGGAUGCUACUCAAUAGCUAAAGGCUGACGAUAUCCAUAUCUGGAGGACAUUGGACGAUAAAUAGUAGGAUGAGUGAGGAUUCCGUUGCCAGCACAGUUUGGUGAAGGGUAGGAACGGUGACCAAGCAGCAACACGACCAUCAUGCCAACCACCCAGGGAACGGGAGGGGCUGGCAGCCCACGGGUUCAGCGCUACCGUCCGGCCUCGGAGUUUGACAACGCCACCCUCGCCCAGAAGAGAGAGUACUGGAGGACUAAGAAACGAGAGCAGAGGGCUAAGUUGUCAGAGGUCAAGAAGGAGAGGUCAAAAGCAACAAACAGAGGAAGUAAAUCCUUGGACAGUAAUGCAGUCCAUAAAACCAUAACCUCAAUGCGGUUGAAUUCUGGUGCCUCUUGUUCAAUAGCAGGGUCUGCCCCUCCUUUGUUGAAUAGUGAUGGUUCCUACCAAACUUAUGUCGGCGGUGCACCUGUAGUCUUAUUGAAGGGAAAGGGCUCUGCUGUCUCCUAUAAUCAGAACCAUAGUGUUGAGGAAGGGGGCCAAAACUAUUCCUCAGCAAACCAAAAGGAGAGUUGGUUCCAGAGGAUAAAACUCAACAAAGUCUUGCCUCAGUUCCCAAUGUCCAGUGCAGGCCCAGGAAAAGGUGCAAUGGUCUGCAAGAUGGCAGUGAACAGUUAUCCAACAGGGAGCGCUGUGAUUGGAACAGUUACCUCAGCCAAACCCAAUGGAGUGCUUCUCAACAGUGGCUCCUUUGUGCCUCCGGUAAGAGUGGCGGUGAGAGCCUCAGGCUCUGCACCUCGCCAACCACAGAGCGGAAUGACUAUUCUCAAUGGCAGUUCUCCUGUAGUGUCAUCUGAGCAGCAUCUGACCACCCAGAGUGUAUCAAGGCCCGAUGCAAUGACAAAGACGCAAGUUACAGUGUCUGUUCAGCCUAGAUCGCUAACAACUAACAUUACCACAGGGAUAGCCAUCGUGACCACUCAAUCUGCCCCUAUGCUCGCUCAAAAACCAGGGGUUAGGCCUAGAGGGAUGAAAGUAACACCGCUAGGCGGGAAAAAGAGUGCUGUGGUCGCGACCCAAGAAGUUAGAAGCAUCAACGACACAUCAGCUACACUGGAGACUGAGGAGGAACGAGCCGCCAAGCGCAGAGAGAAUUGGCGCAUCAAGAAAAGAGAACAGCGAGCGAAGCAAGCGGCUAGGUUAAGCAAGGCCAGCAAAAGAAUCACUAACAUGGAGGUAUCGUUGCAGAAAGUAGAACUGUUACCAAACGUGGACGUUGAACGUCCCCAGUCCGCUUUGAGUGGACAGGGCCAGAGGCAGUGUGUUAGUAGGGUCAGUGCCCCGUUCAUCUCAGCCGGACGGCUGCUGAAGAACGCCAGAGCAGUGGCUAGCUUUGCUGUCAAAAGGGAGUCUGACGAUUCAAUCCUGGCUAAGCUAACCACAGUCGACGCUAAUGAACAGACCGUUCAGCUAAGUGCAGAGAAUCUGCAGGAGGCUAAAGCAACAAUGCAGACUGGUAUCACAUCUAAUAUCAUUGGUUAUAAACCAGCAGGGGAACCAAGCAGAAGGCUCCCUGGUCCAGUCCAGUUUGCCAACGUUAACCGAGUUAUGGUCCGUUGUAGGACUCCGAGACAGAGGUUCAUUGAAACCCACAGGAAUUUCCUGGGUCAGAGAAAGAUGAGGAAGUCCCCCUGUCAUGCCAAAGCCUUAACAACCUACAACGCACCACGAGAUGACUCAAAGGAGACACCCGAGCAGAGGGCGGCCCAGAUGCGGGAAUACUGGCGCAUCAAGAAGCGGGAGCAGCGAGCCAAGCUUUCUGGCGAAGUCCGAGCUAAGAUGAAGGAGAGGGAUGCUCUGAUGCAAAGAGUCAAGCGUUACCAGAGCAUCCUGGAGGAUAUGAGGAAGGACAGAGCAGCGGGCUGCAACACGCUCCCACAACCAACAGAAAAUAGGCCUACUCACACCAGCGCCUCAGAGAUCAUUGGAGGUUUCAUCAUGGAGGAUGGCACAGUGACCAAUAAUAUUCCUCAAAUUGAUCUCACUACAGAAGCGAAAGAGACUGGGGGUGAAAUUGGUAGCAGUAGUGGGAUGCCUGUUAAUAAUUUAUUUACCAACACACACCGCCAACACCAACUGCUUCCCAAACCUACUGGUGAUGCCUUUAGUAAUGUGGUGUUAAGUCAUCAAACACAGGAAAACCCACCACCUCCUCUAAUCCAUUCUGCUCCGUUUCAAGUCUCUUGUCCUCCCGUCGGCCUGUCCAUCAUGAAUCCUCCCAGGUUGGUUUCAAUCAGACCGAGGACUGAAUUUCGCAGCACACCGAAAAACCUCUUGAAUUUACACACAGUCUUCCAGCCCCAGAGUCAUAUCACACUCACACACCCUCAAAACAUCCAAAACACCUUUCCUGGUGUGCCUACAGCAAUGCCAAAGCCGGCUAGCUGUGUCAUGCAGAUGGCUGUCAAAGCUUCUACAGCAUCAGCAGUGCUUAACUUGGACCCAAAGCUAACAGAGGAGGAAAGUAUGGCUAAGAAGAGGGAGUACUGGAGGGUAAAGAAACGAGAGCAGAGGGCAGCCCGCGCCAUCCGCCUAAGGCAAGGAGUUCAAGCUCGGGGAAAUGCUGCCUCACAGAAGAGGCGGAACCAAAGGUUAGCGCGAUUAGCCAAUCCCAAUGUCAACACCUCUGUCAGCCACACACACACGAUCAAGCCUCUCUCAAACACCAGUCUGCCCAUGCCUCCACUGGGAAACCAAAUAAAAAAAGAAAGAGAAUCAAUCUCAACACAUGCUCCAUGUCCUCCACUGGAACAACCCCUCUGUGUUGAUAUCAAACUGUCCCCGUCUCCACCACAUCCAGAGCCACCAGACCUAGCCUUGAGUGCUGACAGCCAGGCCACCACUCUCCUGGCAGUGGCCUCUAUGAAGAAGCUUCUGGAGGAAUCUCUCAGCACUGUGGCUGACUGUAAAACGGAACAGCCUGACUGUAUUACAGAACAGCUGCCUUGUAAAAGUGAACCCCAGGCUUGUUCCUCCGAGGAGAAUGCCGUCCAGAUUGAGGUCAAGCCAAAUCUACCUCUGCUCACCCUGGGAGACGAGGAGAAAGCCUCCAGAUCUGGUGACCUAUUGUUGGAGGUCAAAGGGUGGCAGGUGGAUGCUGAUGCCCCGCCACCAUGUCAGGUGACCAUUCGUCCACUGAGUCCUCAUCCUAAGGACUCUCCCCUAUCCAGUCCUUGUGCUAACACCCUCUCUUUCUCAGCUUCCCCUCUCAAUCGGUCCGAACCCCCCUCUCACACACCCACACAAUCUUGCUCCCACAAGGCAGCUUCCGGAGAACCACCCCUCCCUGUCCCUCGUAGAGCCCAGAGGUUGCGUGCCAAAAAAGCAGGCCACCACCACUGCUGCUCCCCAGAACCUCCAAAGCUACAUCACCAGCCACCACAACAACAACCAACUUGCCAACUUCAAAAUCAACACCAGCGUCAACAACAUCAAAAACACCCCCAACAACAGCAGCAGCGUCAGCAACAUCACCACGCCCCGGCGGUGACAGACCAGAAUGUGACUCUGCAGAAGAAGAGGGAGUACUGGAGGAUGAUGAAGAGGCAGCAGAGAGCCAGGAAGGCUCGGCAGGGCGGAGGGGGGCUGAGGCAGGGGGACUACAGCAGACGACUAGCCCUCAAAGCAGCACAGGCUCCGAAUCUCCAUAUUGUCAAGACUCCGACACAGAGGCCAGUGCAGAGAGGCGGGAGCUUCAGUCUCCGAGCCGCACCAUUGCUCAAACCCCAGCCCUCCCCCCUUCUCCAGCCUAUAUCUCCCCCUGACUCUGGACCUCAGGCAAGCCUCAGCAUGGUCACCAACAUCCCUACACUUCUGGUUGUGAGCCCCAGCACCUCCAACAUGGGACAGCCAUCUGAUACACUACAGCUCAGACCUCCGGUCAACUGUACCAGUAUUUCCAAUUCAUCCAUUGGCCACACAGGGUCCCCCCAGACAUCUCACAGCUUCAGUACCGCAUUUCUCCCUGUAGGAGGCGGUGUCACUGUCCCUCCAUUGGGUGAGGGGAAGAAAGGCGGGCUGCUAUUGGUGGAGAGCCAACAGGAAGCGGCCCCGGGGUCCAGCCCUGACUCGCCACGUGUUAGAAAAUGGCGAUUGCAAGUGCAGGAAAUCUCAGACGCAGACGCCUCACCCAUCGCUACUCUCACACCUCCGCCCAACCCUCUUACUAGCAUCAAGCUCUUACCAAUUCAUCCUCCCAGUCAAAGGUCCACGUUCACACCAACACAGACUCCUUUCAAAUGUCAAGGUGCUCAGAUUCCUCAAAGUGGGAAUUUACUAAAUGUAGGAUUGCCUACAAUGCAGAGGCUCACCAGAAGCCCCAUCUACAUAAGCUCCAUGGGUCCGCCCAAGCCAGUGCCGGGGGAGUCUGAAGAGGAGACUCUGAGGAAGAAGAGGGAGUACUGGAGAGUGAAGAAGAAGGAACAGAGAGCUAGGAAGGCCAUGAGGGACAGGGAGCUGACUGAGAAGAGGGCUUCGGUCAACUGGAGGCCCAUCCUCCCCAGCAGUCAGCCUCAACACCUGCUGCAGGGGCUGGAUACACAGUUAAUUUCCAUUAGGGCUGACCGUCAUUUUUCUCAACCAAAGGAACAGGAUCCUGAGCAGUGGGUCAACACCUCGGAGGGCUCUGAACUACAUCUAAGUACUUCCACAGAGACAGACAUGGGCUACUUUCCUGACCAAAGCCAUCCGGAACCUACAGAAGAGGAAUCAGAGCUCCUUUUCCCAGACGGUGAUCAUAACGACAACUACAACGGCCCCAUCUCAGAUGCUGUAUGGAGGAACUGCUACCUCAUGGACUACGACCCCCUGAACCAGCUGCUGGUGUGCAUGGUGUGCGGGGAGCUCCAGUACUCCCACAGCCUGGAGGGGGUGAGGGCCCACAUCGAGGAGGCCCACCCGGACACCCUGAGCCUGGUGCCCCCGGAGCGCCGGCACAUCCUGGAGGCCUGGGACGAACAGGUGUCCAGGAGAGAACUUUUCUUCACCAGCCAGCUGCAGCAGCACAGCGGUGGGAUGGGAGGGGACAGUGCCAACCUCCCAGCAGAAGUAGAAGUAAUGGUUGAUACAGAGGACUCGUCAUACCUGAAGAACAGCAAGAGCUCCAAAACCACCAACAGACUCUGAGAGCUAAGGUGAGCAUUUGAGCCUUCUUAAACAGUACAUUGAACUGACACCAUCCAUGUCUAAAUAUCACCACGUUCACCACAGCUCUGUACCAAGGGGGGUAUUCUUAUCUGUAAGAACACAUUUUCAUGAAACAUAUUUCUGACAUUGCACAUAUUGUCUAGACAUAUACCUACUUAUGUGUCUUGAUUUGCAGAAGAAGCACAAAUCACUAAAUGCCAGACAGCGUAAAUACAACAUUGUUCAGAAUUAGAGGAGGAAAAGAAAAACGUUACUGCUGGUUUCUUUUAAUGUCUGUUUAUUUAUUUUUAGAGCAGUUCACCUCUACAAAAGUUAAACUAAACUUGAACUGCAUACAUAGGUGACAUUGAACCACAAGAGAUGAGCUUUACCUCAUCAACUUUGGGAUACACACACACUCGCUGUUUUUGAAAGCGCAGUUUCGUAGCGAUUGUCAUUCUCUACUACUAAACCAAGUCUCCUAUGCCCGAAGCAAACAGUUAAUAUUCAUGUCGUCACUGGGUUCAAUAAUGUCAUUGUGCUUUAUGAAACACACUUAAGCAGACAGGAGGGCUCUCCUCGUCAACUGAAUGGGUUAACAUCCCUGUUUUAAUGCAUCCAUGACGAACAGGUCAGUUAUGUUCUUCAAUCUGAAUGAAUGACAUGUCCUUGGUCUAACUCAAUGUAUCAGAUAUGAUAUGAUGCAGGUUUAAGGGCAAAUCGCAGCCGUGUAAAUUUGACUUGAGACCAUGCGUCAUUUGAAAUUGUCUACGGGUGAUCAGCUGUUUGAUAUUCGUCUGUACAUACAGUACCAGUCAAAGGAUUGGACACACCUACUCAUUCCAGGGUUUUUCUUUGUUUGUACUAUUUUCUACAUUGUAUAAUAAUAGUGAAGGCAUCAAAACUAUGAAAUAACACAUAUGGAAUCAUGUAGUAAAUAUAAAAAGGGUUUAACACAUCAAAAUAGAUUUUCUAUUUUUAGAUUCUUCAAAGUAGCCAACUUUUGCCUUUGCACACUGUUGGAAUUCUCUCAACCAGCUUCAUGAGCACUUGUUGGCUGCUUUUCCUUCACUCUGUGGUCCAACUCAUCCCAAACCAUCU